CUCAAGAUCUGGAGUCGGAACUGGGUUUGGGUUAGGCUCCACCAACUACACAAGCUUGUUUAUUCUGGAAAAAAAAGAAAAAAGGCAAUAAUUGUGAUUCCUAGCUGCCAGGGUUGCUCCGAGAUUUAAAGAGAUCAGGGCUGUGAAAUAUGCUUUGUAAGCUGUGAAGAGUUAGUACAAAGAACAAAUCUGCUCCUCUUUUACGAUGCCACGAGGCAAAGCUCUUCGGUGGAAAGAUAAGAGAUCUUAGCUCCUAUCAAGCAUCAACGGAGCACGGCAGCAAGGGCUGCCCGGGUUCUUCUCUGGCUCCUCCCCCACCACACCGGCCCCGGCCCGGGUCAGAGGCGGCGGAGGCUCUGGCGCCGGGCCUCUCCUGCCUGCGGCCUGCUAGGGGUGAAAUCCCGUGCUGGGGCGGGGCAGGCCCCGGCCGCCCAGUUCCUGAUUCUAUAAGCAGUGCCCGGGGCCCGGGGGCGCCACAGGCGCGGGCACCGCGGGCGGCGCAGGAUGGGCCCGCGCAGCGCGGCGAGCCUGCCCCGAGGCCCCGGGCCGCGGAGGCCGCUCCUCCCCGCCGUCCUUCCGCUGCUGCUGCUGCUGCUGCUGCCGCCGCCGCCGGGCUCAGGCGCCGGGGCUGGCCGGCCGCCCCACCUCGUCUUCGUGCUGGCGGACGACCUGGGCUGGAACGACGUGGGCUUCCACGGCUCGGAAAUCCGCACACCGCACCUGGACGCGCUGGCGGCCGCCGGGGUGCUGCUAGACAACUACUACACGCAGCCGCUGUGCACGCCGUCGCGGAGCCAGCUGCUCACCGGCCGCUACCAGAUCCACACAGGUUUACAGCACCAAAUAAUCUGGCCCUGUCAGCCCAGCUGUAUUCCUCUGGAUGAAAAACUCCUGCCCCAGCUUCUAAAAGAAGCAGGCUACGCUACCCACAUGGUCGGAAAAUGGCACCUGGGAAUGUACAGGAAAGAAUGUCUUCCAACCCGCCGAGGAUUUGAUACCUACUUUGGAUAUCUUCUAGGUAGUGAAGAUUACUAUUCCCAUGAGCGCUGUACGUUAAUCAACGCUCUGAAUGUUACACGAUGUGCUCUUGAUUUUCGAGAUGGUGAAGAAGUUGCAACAGGGUAUAAAAAUAUGUAUUCAACAAAUGUAUUUACUGAAAGGGCUACAACCCUCAUAACUAACCACCCACCAGAGAAGCCUCUGUUUCUCUACCUUGCUCUCCAGUCUGUCCACGAGCCCCUUCAGGUCCCCGAGGAAUACCUGAAGCCAUACGACUUUAUCCAAGAUAAGAAUAGGCAUUACUAUGCAGGAAUGGUGUCCCUUAUGGAUGAAGCAGUGGGAAAUGUCACCACAGCCUUAAAGAGCCGUGGGCUCUGGAACAACACGGUGUUCAUCUUCUCCACAGAUAACGGUGGGCAGACAUUGGCAGGGGGCAAUAACUGGCCCCUUCGAGGAAGAAAGUGGAGCCUGUGGGAAGGAGGCGUGCGAGGGGUGGGCUUUGUGGCCGGCCCCUUGCUGAAACGGAGGGGCGUGAAGAACCGGGAGCUCAUCCACAUUUCCGACUGGCUGCCGACCCUGGUGAAGCUGGCGGGGGGCAGCACAGAGGGCACCAAGCCUCUGGAUGGCUUCGAUGUGUGGAAAACCAUCAGUGAAGGAAGCCCGUCCCCCAGAAUGGAGCUGCUGCACAAUAUCGAUCCCAACUUUGUAGAUGUUUCACCAUGUCCUGGGAACAGCAUGGUUCCGGCAAAGUAUGAUUCUUCCCUUCCAGAAUAUUCAGGCUUCAACACAUCUGUCCAUGCUGCCAUCAGACACAGGAACUGGAAACUCCUCACGGGCUACCCAGGCUGUGGUUACUGGUUUCCUCCGCCAUCUCAAUAUAAUGUUUCCAUGAUACCCUCCUUGGACCCACCGACCAAGACCUUCUGGCUCUUUGACAUUGAUCAGGACCCACAGGAAAAGCAUGACCUGUCAAGAGAAUAUCCUCAUAUCGUCAAGCAGCUCCUUUCCCGUCUGCAGUUCUACCAGAAACACUCGGUGCCCGUGUACUUCCCAGCACAAGAUCCCCGCUGUGAUCCCAAGGCCACUGGGGCUUGGGGCCCUUGGAUGUAGGAUUUCAGGCAACCUAAGGGGCAGCUAGAAAGCCUUUCUGUUGCGAGUUGGACUUCAGGCCUUUACUUUGUGACCCUUGUCUCAUUGUUCUCCCAACCUGGGUUCACCUGGCCCUUCUCUUGCUCCUAAACCACACUGAGGUGUCUAAUUUCAACCCCUAGUACAUUUGAGAUGCUGAUAAAAUCUGAACACUUCUGCUGUUGACUGGGGCGUGUGUCUAGAGGAGAGGGUGACUGGCUUCAUUCCCUCUUUCCUGAGCUGUGGGACAGCGGGGAACACGAUUUGAAAGAGGAAAUUGUUGAGUCUUGGAACCUGGAGCAGCUGGUUCUUUUUGCCUCACAAGUCAGAUGUUAGAGUUCCUUCUGGCCAUAGCUGGGUUUUAUUGGAGUGAUUCACAUUUCUUGGAACAAAUGAAAGGGUCAGACAGUUGUUAAUGGUUCUGUUGGCCAGGGGUUCUCCCUGUCUGUGAGACAUCGUGUUUAGGCAUCCCAUGUGAAUACGCUGGCUUGGUUCACCCCUCGCUCAUGCAUCUCUUCACUCACCUCGUCACUCAUCCCGUCAUGGAGCAUAAGGCUCGUUGCAUUAUUAAGAUCAGUGUGGCACUAGGCCUACUCCUUGGUUUUGGUUUUUACAAUAGGGAAAUUUGUUUUUUCCCCAGUUUUUUCCAGCCACUGCUCAUCUUGUCUGGACUACCUGCUACCCUGCUUCCUUUGUGGUUCUUUUUCUACCCUUUCUUCUGACUCACGUGUCCCAUGCCUGGGAAGGGUGCUUCGCUUCUCCACUAUGAGCACCACUGGUUUUUGGAACACUGCUGAGGCCUGCCUUCCUUUUGCUCCUGACACUAAAGCUAGAGCCCCGCCCAGAACGGGCGGUGCGUCUGGCUCUGUGGGCAUGCUCAUGGCAGUGCUUGGGUCUCUGUCAUCUGCUUGGUGGCUUUUUUUCUAGUUUAUUCUCAUGAGUGUAGCUAUGUCUCAUAAUAUAUUCAGUUGCACUGCUCUUCGGUGGCAGUGAGGAGAAACCUUGGAAAAGGAUAAUAUUGUCCUGAGACGAUGCAAGUAGGCAAUUUGAAAAAGGAAAUGGCCGGCAUCCGGGAUACCGAGCCUUGGUAACACAGAUGAAGGUAGGUCCACGUUUCUCUUAUUCUCUCAGUUUUACUGCUUGUAUUGAGGUUCUGAAGUUGGGGAAGGAGGAUGCACAGUUUGACCUGCCAGCUCUUUCUUAGCCCCACCAGUGUCCUACUAACGUGGACCAGUCCAGAUUAGCUUCAGGAGUGUCAAACUCAGAGAAGUAUGUCCAAAAACUAUACUCUUUUUUGCAUUAGCUCCACUGUUUCAUUCACUGCCUGUCAUCAAUGCCUGGAUCAAUGCCUGUUACAUAGAAGGCACUCAAUACACUUUAAAAAAAAUAAAUGAAUGAAUGAACAAAUGAGUAAAUGAGAAAGUCUCACACCAUGGAAGGUGCUAAUCCAAUGAGCUGAAUACGGGGCUGAAUAUAAAUAUCUUCCAACCGUAGCUUUUCUGUUCUCGAGCUGCCCUCCUGGGGUAGGAGCACAGUCUGCAUAUCUGGGAAGUCUAGGACACGCCAUAGUGAAGUUGUAAUGUCCUCUCAGAGGGAGAGGGGAGAAAAAUAUGCCUACUGAAGAUACUCUUCUGCCAAUAAUCCUCAGUUCUCUUCUGCAGAGGACACUAGAAACUAAAACUACCAAGCUAUAUGACAUAGGUCAUGGUACAGCCAUUCCUUCAAUUCAGUAGCAAUAUUCUCCGGUUACGACUAACUUGUAUUAAAAUAACAAUGAUUGGAAAGAAAUGGUGCUAAGAUUAAUGACACCUGUUACCAACAUGUACCCUACUCCUGGGCUGGCAUGCAUCUGGCCAAAAUGCUACUAACUCUCACUCCCAAACCUGUGGUGGAUAUUAUGAACUAACUGAGCCCAGAGGUUCCUUCCGGAGCCUUCUAACCCCAAGGCUGUAGGUACCAUUAAUACUAUAAGAUUGGAGGCCAUCACUACAUGAUACCUAUUUGCUCCCCCUGCUGUCCCAGCAGCUGUUCCCAGUUAGAGUUUCUUAAUCUCUAUGUACGAUGUGGAUGUUCUGCACUCAAUGGACCUAAAGGGAAUUUUAAAGACUGAUUUUUUUUUUUU